UGAGACUCUCUCAAAAUAAAAAAGGCUGGGGAUGUAGCUCAGUGGUAAAGCAUUCCUUCGUUCAACCCCCAGUACCCAAAAAAUAAAAAAUAAAAAUAAGUACUAGAUGGCUUGGGUUGCAAUACAGUGAUAAGGCACUUGUCCAGCAUGCGUAAGACCCUGGGUUUCGUCCUUGGAGCUGCAAAGAAAAAGGAAAAAAAAAAGCAACUAGAAAACACUAAGUUACACAUGUGUUUUAUUUUUCAUUGUUCUAGCAUGUUUGAGAUCCUGGGUUUAAUUCCCAGCAUGGGGUCGGGGGAUGAAUUGAAAUCAUUUUGUCAAAUUUCUAAGAAAAUAUUCCAUUGAGUCGCAUUACAUUUACAAAUUAAUUUUAGAUAAAGGUGUCUGCCUCUAUAGUAUUGAAUCUUCCUUCAGAAGCAUCUCUUCAUUUAUGCAUUUGUAUUUUGUCCUUGUAUUAAGGUAGUAUUGUAUUUUCUUUUUUUUGGCCCUACUGAAACCAGAAUUUUGAGUGAGACUAGAUUCCCUGUUUGGUCAAUUUCCUCUGGGUUUUUGUCCUACAAAUUUUGAAGAAGGGAAAAGCAAGCAGAGCAGGAUUUAUUUAAGGGAGAAGAGAUAGAACCCCUGCCAUGCGGGAGGGGGCCUCAUAGCAGGAAAAAAAAAUUGGUGUGCCAGCUUAGGAGUUUAUAUAUGGUUCUAGGAUGAGCAUGGAACAAAAUCUAUAUAAAACAGGCAUUGAAAAAGUAUCAAGGGGCUAGGACUGUAGCUUAGUGGCAGAACGCUUGCCUAGCGUGUGUGAGGCACUGAGUUCUAUCCUUAGCACCACAUAAAUAUAAACAAAAUAAAGGCCUGCUGUUCAUCUACAAAUACAAUAAAAUUUUUUUUAAAAAGUAUCAAGACUAUCAUUUGGACUAUCAUCACCCCCACCUACCUUUCUAUAACUUAAGUCUGAGUUUACCCCCAUUCUCCAUUUUCCACCUCAGGCCCAAAGGAAUUGGCUGGAGGUGUGCCCACAGGUUGGGUCUUUAACAUUUGAAAUAGGCCUUGGUGGUGCUCAUUAACAUGUCUAUUGGUUAGCCUAUGUGGUUGAAUGGGACCAAUUAUCCUGACUGCCUGGUCAUUUUACUAUUUUAUUUAUCCUCAUUCACUAUUUAUUUAUCCUCAUCCUCACCCAAGUAUUGUAUAGUUUCUGUUGCUAUGUUGCUGUCUGUAACUUGUUAUCUUACACUUUUUUUUUUAAUGUGCAGUUAUUUUUGAGACCCUCCACUUCUUAAAUCCUAACUCUAAUAUAUAUUGCAGAUGAUUUGUUUGUAUUUCCUAUGUAAAUAGUCAUAACUGUGUGUAACAGUAAUUUGUCUCUUUCUCUCUCUUUUUUUUUUAAUGGCUAUAUGCCUUAAUUUCCCCUUGUUGUGUUGCUUUGACUGGAAGUUCCAGAACAAUCUAAGAGUAGUGAUGGUAAAAAUGUUGUCUGUCUUCCAGUUCCUGAUGGGAAUGCCUUACUAAAGUGUUUACCAGAAUGUGCUCCAGGGAGCAUUAAUUCUUUGGAAUAUUAAUGUAUGUACCUUGAGAAAAGAAUUCCAAUUAAAUGAGUUUGCAAACUGCUGAGUUAAACAGAAUGCUCCUCUGCAGGACUUUUCAGAUGGGUUAUUAUGCUAAUGUGUUUUUGAUCCCUAGGAGAUAAGGAAGGAUCUGGGGCUGGCUAAUUCAUGGGCUUGUGUUCUACCAAGUAAGUUUUGGGACAUGCAGACAUAAUGUUUCCUUUUUAAGGAUGCUGCUGUCAUUGACAUGCAGUAGAUACUGUUUAUUAUAUCAAGAAAGUAUUGUUUGCUGACUAGCUUAUUGAAUAUUCCUUCCUUACUCUGAGGUGUUCAACUUCCUCAACUGCAUUUUUGGUAUAGUAUUGAUUUAGUCAUAUGUAUUUUUCCCCUUUGACCUUCUUAUUUUAUAGAUUAUAUUUGUAUAUUUCCUAAUAUGUGGCUACUCCUACUUUUGGGAAGCAGCUGUUCUUGGUUAUAAUAUAUUCUUUUAAUGCGUUGUAUUUCCUAGUAUUUCCAUUAGAACUUUAAAAUCUCUACUUAGACAAAGUAGACAGUGUUCUUUGUGCUAUUUGUCAUCUUCUGGUAUCAGAUUUGUGCCAGAUGAACUGAAAUGCUUUAAAUGUUUCUACAUGUGUCUGGAACAGUGAGAACGGCCUGAAGAUCAUUUGUGCCUUGGCACUUCUGUUUCUUUUUUAUUUAGUUCUGCCAAUUUAUGUUAUCCUAAAAAUAUGUCCAUUCCAUACAGAUUUCAAAUUGAUUUCAGUCGUAAGUCUAGGAUAAAUAAAGGCACAGUAUUCCUGUUUGACUAAAAUGUUUUAACUCAGAUUUUGACAUGAUUUUUAAAAAAAAUUCUAAAGUGAUACAGUUCCACUAACUGAUCCUUUCCUGCAAGUCUUGUAUUUGGUUGCACAUUGUCUUGUAUUGAAAUUGUUAAUUUUUUUUUUCUGUGAUUAUGUUGUUAGGCUGUAUUUUCUUGCUUUCUUUGAGCUUAAUUUGUUAUUUAUUUACUAACCUCCUGAGUUGAGUAGUUUCACUUAUUUUUAAUACUCAUUCUUUAAUGGUAAAAAGUUUGAAGGCUUUGACUUCUCUUAUUGCCUUUCUUGUUGUUGGUGAUAUUUUCUAAGCCUCCAGCAUUUCAUUAUGAAAAAUUUCAAAUAUUUAUAAAAGUUGAGAGAAUUCUAUAGCAAACACCUGGAUACCUGCCAUCCGGACCCUGCCAUUGUUAGCAUUUUAUCAUCUUUGCUUUAUUACAUACCUGUCCAUCUAAUUUUUUGGAGAAACAUUCCCAAGUAAGUUGAAGACCUAUGUAAAUGUCACCCAGACCCUUCUUUACUGCUGAUUUUGUUUGUUUCCUCAUUUUAUAAAUACUUGUAUUCCAUUCUGAUUUUCACUGGUUCAAUACCUAUUAAGGAGGGCUUUAAAUUUUUAUUGGUUGGAUCUUAAAAACUAAAAUAUAAUUGUUAGAUCUCAUCUUGUAUUUUAGUCAGAAAAUGUAGCCUGGCCUCUCUGUACUUCAUCAGUUUUGAGCAAGCUGGUGCUGCAGAUUCCAGACAAGAGGGAAGCAGAACUGUCCCAGGUGCGCCAGCACUGUGAGCUCUAGUGGAGGUAAAUUAACUGAAACCUGAAAGACUAAAAAAAAAGCAAGAGGAAGAAUGUUGAGGCAGACCUUAGGAGAUUGCGCUUCAUGUCGGUAGAAAUGGACAGCAGCAGUUUUAUUCAGUUUGAUGUGCCCGAGUACAGCAGCACCGUUCUGAGCCAGCUAAAUGAACUCCGCCUGCAAGGGAAACUAUGUGACAUCAUUGUCCAUAUUCAGGGUCAGCCAUUCCGAGCCCAUAAAGCAGUUCUUGCUGCCAGUUCUCCAUAUUUCCGGGACCAUUCAGCAUUAAGUACCAUGAGUGGCUUGUCAAUAUCGGUGAUUAAAAACCCCAACGUGUUUGAACAGUUGCUUUCCUUUUGUUACACUGGAAGAAUGUCCUUGCAGCUGAAGGAUGUUGUCAGUUUUCUGACAGCAGCUAGCUUUCUUCAGAUGCAGUGUGUCAUUGACAAGUGCACACAGAUCCUAGAGAGCAUCCAUUCAAAAAUAAGUGUUGGAGAUGUCGACUCUGUCACUGUUGGUGCUGAGGAAAAUCCCGAGAGCCGUAAUGGAGUGAAAGACGGCAGCUUCUUCACCAACCCUGUUGAGAUCUCCCCUCCAUACUGCCCUCAGGUACGGCAGCCCGCUGUGAGCAGUGAUCUCCGGAUGGAGACGACUCCCAGCAAAGCUUUGCGCAGCCGCUUACAGGAGGAGGGGCAUUCAGACAGGGGGAGCAGUGGGAGUGUGUCUGAGUAUGAGAUUCAGAUCGAGGGGGACCAUGAGCAAGGGGACCUCUUGGUGAGGGAAAGCCAGAUCACUGAGGUUAAAGUGAAGAUGGAAAAGUCCGACCGACCCAGCUGUUCUGACAGCUCCUCCCUAGGUGAUGACGGGUACCACACUGAAAUGGUUGAUGGGGAACAAGUUGUGGCAGUGAAUGUGGGCUCCUAUGGCUCUGUGCUCCAGCAUGCGUAUUCCUAUUCCCAAGCAGCCUCACAGCCAACCAGUGUUUCAGAAGCUUUUGGAAGUUUGAGUAAUUCUAGCCCAUCCAGGUCCAUGCUGAGCUGUUUCCGAGGAGGGCGUGCCCGCCAGAAGCGGGCUCUGUCCGUCCACCUGCACAGUGACCUGCAGGGCAUGGUACAGGGAUCUGACAGUGAAGCUGUGAUGAGCAACCCUGGGUAUGAGAGCAGUCCCCGGGAGAGGAGUGCAAGAGGUCACUGGUACCCAUACAAUGAGAGGUUGAUCUGUAUUUACUGUGGGAAGUCCUUCAACCAGAAAGGAAGCCUUGACAGGCACAUGCGCCUCCAUAUGGGAAUCACCCCCUUUGUGUGCAAGUUCUGUGGGAAGAAGUACACACGGAAGGACCAACUGGAGUACCACAUCCGGGGCCACACUGAUGAUAAACCAUUCCGCUGUGAGAUCUGUGGGAAGUGCUUUCCAUUCCAAGGUACCCUCAACCAGCACCUGAGGAAAAACCACCCAGGCGUUGCUGAAGUCAGGAGUCGUCUAGAGUCCCCUGAGAGAACAGAUGUGUAUGUGGAACAGAAACUAGAAAAUGAUGCAUCAGCCUCAGAGAUGGCCCUAGAUUCCCGGAUGGAAAUUCAUACAGUGUCAGAUGCUCCUGAUUAAGAUGGUAAAGAAGUGCACCCAAACAAAGCACAUUAAUCAAUGCAUAUUUGUGAUUUGCUUUGUUGUAAUCUUUGGUUUUCCCAACCAUCUGGAAAUCUCUUGGUCUCUUGGCAGUUUUUCUAAAGUUUCUGGAUGGAACACUUCAUUGUGUUUAUCCUUUCCCCGCUCUCUCUCCCCCAAGGAGCUCAAAGCAUGAAGGGCAACAUAUCCAGGGAAAACAUGGGCUGACAGUAUUCCUCUUUGGCUGAACUCUUAAUCCAAAAUCCUCCAGUGAGUUAGCUAUGCCAACUAGUUGACCUGCCAUUCUCUGCCAAGAGGCAUACUCUCUCUCAUUGUGGGCACUGGCACCAGUGCAUUUCCACGGAGGGACUAGGAUGCCGUCAGCUGAUACAAAUGGGUAACCUUUUCUAAUUUAAACUUACUUUAGGGGGUAGUUAGACAAUUUAUAUAUAUAUAUAAUAAAACGAUUAUUAUAUAUAUAGUAUAUAUACAUUCUCAAAUUUGAGUUUAUUCUGGUUGAGGUGAAUGUAAGAGGAAUAUAUAAUUUAAUACAAUGUGAACAGAGCUUUUGACUCUGUCUCAUCCCUACCUAAUAUGUUACUUUUGCCCCUUUGUUUUCCUUACAGAAGAAUGUUAAUAGGUUUUCAUAUAUAUUAAUCAUUGUGUCCAAAAGCAAGCAAAGCAAAUCACAGUGUUCACAGCUCUGCUUCAUAACAAGUACAUAAACCAAAUGCCAUAAAAUUUCUUCAACUCUAGUUGGGAACCCUUUGGAAUUUUUGUUCGUUGUCUGGCAGGAAAGCUGGACGACCUGUGGUGCUGACCUUUUUACAUAGUAUAGUGUUAUAUUAGCCAACCCCAAAGGAGAAGUGGUUUUCAAGGUUUUUACCGGCCUACAAAUCUACCUUCAUUCCGUACUGUAGAAACAUACAUACCAGGUAACUAAAUCGAAUCACUCUCUACCAUGAGUUAGUCCUCGCACUAAAGGAAAGGGAUUUAUAGUUUUGUCUACAAAAUUCUCCAAGCAGUGUUGUGGUGUUUUUGUUUUCUUCUUCCUUUUUCUUUCCCUUUUCAAACAGCCAGUUCAGGUGCACAGCAACUUUUUCUACGUGCAGUUCCCUGGGAAACUGCAGAACUUGGAAUUUGUACUUUUUGUAAAGCUAUACUCUAUGGGAAUUGCAAGCAAUAUAUCUAUCUUAGUAUUGUGUGUGCUAACGAGAGCCUCGGUGGCUCCCCCACUCUCUCAGUGUUUCCUGCUUAAAGAAACCAACAGUUAAAAGCCCUCUGAGAUACUCAGUGUGUCACCAAAUUUGUGUGUGUAUCACCAUAUUUUUGGUCACGUGGUGCUAUUUUUGUUAAGUAUCUUUUAGGUCAGUAUAGUUGUAGAAAAUGUGAAAUUUAAUGGUAGUUGUGAAUUACAGUUAUUUUCCUCUCUUUGGUUCAUAGCUUGAAGAGAGACCUCAAAAGCAUGUACGUGCUGGCAAACACAUUACUGUAUACCUGAUCCUGUUUGAAUAAUGUUCUAUUGGUAGGAAAAGUCUUCACUAUUGUGUUCACAUAUACAAACAGGCUUUACAAGAUGACUGGUGCUGUAGACUCCAGCAGCGGGCAAUCCUGGAAGCAGCUUGGUGGUGAGUCUUGCUGCAGGCUGCCCUUGGGAUGUCAGCACUGCAGCCUCUGUCUGUGGCCCUGGACUCUUGAGUCCACACUCAGCGCAUCUCCACAGAGGAACAGUGCUGCCAUCUAAGAGAGGAAUAGAAACAAAAGACAACCUCUGAGGCUGUGCAUUAAGGAAUGCAGAAAUGGACGUUUGCUGGUGUUCCAUGCUUUUUUGGCUCUUAAAAUACCAACGUAGAUUUGGGGAAUUAUUUUGGUUUGGGUUUUUUGUUUUGUUUUUAAGGAAAAAAAAAGUCAUUCAAACCCUUUGUGUGUAAUAGCCCGUGGGUGGUGACUGUGCAGUAGCACCUCUUUAGCACACAGGACCUGUUCACGUGUGAACUGCUACGCUACACAUCAGUGUUAACUCCGAGUAGAUUACACUCUAAUCCUGCUGCUCCUGAGGAGCAGCUCUUGCUAAAUCGGGUAUAUAGUAUGCCUUUUUCCUCGUCAAACUGCCUAAGUGGGGGUUUGUUCUCUCCUUGAAGCACUUGUACAACUCCUGAUAAAGCCGCGUGCCUCACGGGGAGGCUGGACCCCAAGUGUUUACCCACUUAAAUGUGUUCUGGGGUUUCAGGUAAAUGUUUGUUGAUUUUUUCUUUUUCUUUAACAUGAAUAAGUUUGAUUUUGAUUUUUUUUUUUUUAAAGAAUUGAAUGCAAAAAAUUUGUGUUGUAUUACAAAUUAAGUUUGUGACAAGAAAGACCCAAAUCCAAGGACAUGAGAGGUCAAGCUCAGGGAAGGAACCUCCUUUUCACUCAGGCUUGGGGCCUUCUGCAAGGCCUCUAGAGCUUUCUGCAGCAUAUGAGACAAGUUGGGAGGGAGAACACUUGGGGCAACACCUGUAGUGUCCUGGUUCUUGUCAUCAUGUCCGUCUUAACUUUAUUUACAUGAAGUUCUUGUAAUUGUAAAUUUGUUUAACUGGUUUGAGUUUACCAAAGAGUGACUUAUCCAAAAUUGUCUUUGACAAAAAUAUACAUUGCUUUGAUUGUACAGUUCAGGUUCAAACAUUGUCAUGGGACUGUUAAGGGGCAGAAAAUUGAUUGAGUUUCUCUCUAAUAAUCAUGAUUCCAUAUUUUGCAAGUUCCACUUGCUCUCAUUCCUAUUGCUAACACUUUACCCUUUCCACUGCUAGCAGUGUUAAGAAUGAAUUCUCAAGCCAUAACACAGUACUGUAAAGUUCCGCAGGGCUUCGAGGGAGGCAGCACAUAGGCCAGCACACAGCUGAGUAGCCUUUCUGAGCAUUCGCACUGUCAUGCCUUCCAGUGUGCAUGACUGGUGAGAGGGUCACUCCACUCAGAUGGGGCAGCAGCAGUUAAUUGUGCCUUGCCACAUGAAGAUGUGCCAGGAGGAUUAACAUGACCCCAGAACAGAAACAUUCCCUCCCUGAAGUUCACAUCUCCACAGACGAAGUACGCUGUGUAACUCCUUAGAGCAACUCUUUUUGGAAAGCAAAGUCCCUAUUUCUGUACAGUUUUAGGUUAGGUGUUUUCAUUUAUAUCAAAUGCAGAAAUCAAUUAAGAUAAAGUGAUAUGUGAAAAAAAUCUUUUGCAGUAAAGUAUAUCCUGAAUCCAUAAGACUUGUUCAUAAUUGAGUCUCUUCCUGAGCUACCUUCUCAGCAUUAGACAAUGUGAAGACAGUGACAGCGUCCUUUCUAUCAAUGUUUAACCUGUUACUACAAACUGUGAAGACAAAGAAUUUUAUACUUGUACUAAUGUUUGUGGUUUUAAACAGUUUUUUCAUUCUAAUCAGUUCUCUACCCUCUAAUUUCUACUAAAGCUGUAAAUACAUUUAGAAAUUAUAUUUGUAAAUACAGUAUAUGAAGACAAGUUAACUUUUUGGUUAGUGGAAAGCCUCCCACCCAGUUGGCACUGCCUUAGCAGUUGUCCGAUUUUUUUUUUUGUGUUGUUUUUAGGUUUGUUCCCCCCCCCCCUUUUUUCUUUUUUUAAACAGCAGAAAGGAUACUGUCAGUUCACUGUUAAGCAGAAUAUACUGUAGAACUAAAUUGAUAAUUUUUAAAUCUUUCAGAGCAUAUAUCUCUUCUGAUGAAAGCAGUUAUAACCAACUCUGUUUUUCCCUUAGCCCAGACCAUAGCCUGCAUGUUUUUAUGUGUGGUUUUGUUUUAUUUUUUUGUUUUUACAGCCUAGACUCUAGGAAGAAUUUGCAGGAACACAAAACAAGGGCUGGGGAGAAUCAUCUAUGUGAAUGAGCUUUACUUUAAAGAGAUUGAUGUGUUUUAUUUUAACAACUUUUCUGUUUGUUACUGUGAUUUUUUUGUUGUCGUCGUCAUCGUCGUUAUUGUUAAAUUCUAUAAAUGGUUUCCUGUGAAGCCUCCACUGAAAGGGACUCAAAUAUGCAACACCUAAACUAUUUUCCAAGGGCACAUGCCCCUUGAAUGGUGCUUCUAGACUGGUCAGGGUUAUUUAUUAAAUUUUAUAUAUGAAAGUAUUGGGGAAUUAUGUAAAUUCUUUAUAUGAAACUAUCUAGUUCAUAAAUCAUAGAUUUCAUAUUACUCAGUGCAACUGAACUGAACGUUCAGAAGAGUCAUUCACAUUGUUCCAAAUUUGUAACGGUUAUCAUGUCACAUGCAUCUUUUUCAGUAAGUGCCAGAGAGUGUCCGCUGUUUCUGCCUUGACUUCUCAGCCCAGAAGAGAACCUGUUUUCUCUGGUUCCCUCUCUGGGUCUGGCACAGACAGGGCUAUUGUAAAUCUUGAUCAAGUCCCGGAGUCAGCCUUGCUUGGCACUCCGAGUAGCCGAUUCAGUAAACAGACCUCUUGCUGCCCCUCAGUGACAAGUAUGCUGUGAAUUCAACCUUUGGACUUGUGGCCUAAGCCUCUGGUUGCUGCCCUGACUAGAGUAAGAGGUAAACUUACCUGGUUUGUUUGAGAAUGACCAUUUUCCUAAUGUGAAAACCAUCUCUCUCACCACUUUUAUUAGUAGGGCUAACAUUGUUUUCCGUUAUAAAUGGUUGAGCAAUUUGAAUGACUUAACACAGUGUCAUUAUCUUGCAAUAUAAACUGGUAACCUCACAACUCCACACUUCAUCACCAUAUGAAGUAAAUGAAGCUAGCUAAGCGGAUGCUGUAUCAACUAGUAACUUGCCAUUAAGGAUUAUUUUAUAGCAUGGAUUUAAGACUAUUUAUUCAAAUGAUAUUUUACUCUGUAUUCAUUUUGUUUUAGAUUUGUGACAUGAAUAUUUCAGUGCUGCUUAAUUUUGUUCUGAAUUCUCGUUUCUUGCUUGUAAAUGGCUUUUUUAUGGUAUAAAGUCAAUGGAAAUUGCUGUUUGUAAAUAAAAAUGCUGCUAGAGCAAC